UUAUUGGUUCUCCUAAGGCGGGAUAGUUGCUGAUUUGUUAAAAGAUUAUGUAUGGUGCAAAUCUGGUAGAACCCAUCAGCUGAACACGAAUACGCGUUGAUUUUGUAGUUGGUCUGUUGGUCUUGCUGGAAUUGUCCAGUUGACGAUGUUGAUAGAUGGAACGGAAGUUGUGCGAUUGUUCCUCGAAUUACUCAUUAGUCAACAAUUAAUUUACAGUACAAACAAACUGCCAUCAUAUCAUUUUCCCGUUAUUUAUUUAUCAAUGUCUUAAUAUAUGCAAUUUUUUAGUUGGUAAACGAUUACAACAUUCAAAUAGAUUUGUCGUGUUAUAUUACUGUCAUGGCAAGCGUCAGUGUUUGUUUUGUAGUUAUCAGUGUAUAUCGAUGAUUUAGCGUAUUAUAUUUUUUUAUCAUCGUCUUAAUUUUUAUCGGUAUACGAACAUGAACGUAAUCAAUGCAAACUGGUUGCAUUCCGUAGAGGGAGAAUCAUUGAUGCAUCACUUUUAUGUGAACACAUCAAAAAAGAGAAUAUUUUAUGGCAUCCUUGAAAGGCCACCUUUACCAUCGUCAAUAGAAGAAGUUACAUAUAAAAUUUUUAUGGUCGGUAGAUCUGGAGUAGGAAAAACUUCUGUUGUAGCCUGCCUUGCUGGAACAUUGGAUUCUAAUAAUUACACUGAAACUAAUGGAAUAAAGAAAACAAAUGUAUUUUGGCCUGUUAAAAUAUGGGAUAAAGUCGUAUUGUUUAAAUUGCAAUUUUGGGAUACUUCAGAAACAAGUAUCAAAAAAUACAACCAUAUAUUACCUGCAUGUAAAGACAAAGUUGAUGCUAUAUGUUCAGUAUUUUCUUUUGAUGAUGCAACAGGUUUCAACGAUAUUCCGUAUUUGAUGAAUACAAUGGCAGCCAUAAAAGAGAAACCAGCAAAUAUAGUAAUAGGAACAAAAUUUAAACCAUGGUCCAGUUCUGCAAUAGAAGAUGCACAGAUAAAAGAAUUUGAAGAUAAAUGGAAAGUUAAAGUUAUCAGGAUCGACACGAAUAAACUGUCUGCGAGAUCGGAAAUGUUUGAUUGUUCUUAUCAAUUAAAUGCCAUAUGUAAUAUCCUCUGGAAUAGAGAUAAGGAAUUUAUAUCUAAACAAAUGGGGCAAAGUUAAAUUAUCGAAUAUACAAUUUUUAUGUGGGGAUAAGUUAGAGGUUAGAGAUCAUUGAUUCAUUAGGGCAGUAACACAAAUGUACCGGACGCCUUCUUGACUUGAGACGUGCAGUCACUAU